GAUGCUGCAGAGGGGAGCGGAGGAUCGGUGCGCGCAGUGCUGAUCAUCCGGGCUCCGGGUCCACCCGCACCAUCUCCGGCUCUCACCCACCCCAAGGUACCGCAAUCUGGGCAUCAGCAGAGCCCCCAGCCAGGGCUCAAUCCACAGAAGCCCCCCAGUGAUUGGGAUGCAGAGAUUCCGGGUGUCACUGCUCACCUGCACCCCAUCCUGCUCUGCAUAGUGUGAUCCGGAUCCCACACUCUGCAUUGGAUUACCAGCCUUGCAUGCCUCUAGAUUCUGCAUUUGGCCACCAAGACUGGACCCCAUUCUUCUCAUCUUUGCACCGUGUUCCUGGGCUGGAAGGACUUCUUCCCACCAGAUCCUGAGCAGAUCUCCUCCAGCCCUGACCCUGCACAGAUCUCCUCCAACCAUACACCAGUCUCCUCCACCCACCUCAGUCCUCCUCACCCACCCAGAGCCUCCAAUCCUCAGCUUUCCUCCAUAAGCCGGUCACCUUAGCGGCUCCUCCACCUUGCGUUAACGCGGUGCCAACCCGGGAGACCUGACCAUGGGUACGGUAUUGUCCCUGUCUCCAGCACCUGGCAAGGCCGGACCUCUGGAUGAUAAGAAGCCCGAGCCUCCUGGAGUAGGCGGUGGGUACCUGGCCAUCCCCAACAGCAAAAAUGGCGGCAGCAAGCCAGAAAAAAGCCUAAAGAGACACUCGGUCUUGAUCUCUGCCCUCACCUGGAAGAGGCUGGUGGCGGCUUCCGCCAAGAAGAAGAAUGCCAAGAAGAUCAACCCAAACCCAGGACCUAUCAAUGGGAUGCUGCUUCCCAACAACAACAACAACCCGGUGGAGCAACUCAACCACGAGAACUUACGCAAAUCCCAAGUGAGCCCGGGUCGUAGGGAACCGAAGGCGGUGCCUGUGCCCACGGUGCCCCCCAGCUCCAUAGAGGGUCAAAAAAUCCAACAGCAACAGCUGGUGGCCGUGCAGAAGACGGCCAGCGGGCGGUCCCUUUGCUCACCGCGCCGCGUCAUCGUCCAGGCGUCCACGGGUGAACUCCUUCGAUGCCUGGGGGAGUUUGUAUGCCGCCGGUGUUAUAAACUGAAAGAGCUCAGCCCCGGGGAGCCCACCAUGUGGUUUCGUAACGUAGACCGCUCCUUGCUCCUGCAAGGUUGGCAAGACCAAGGCUUCAUCACGCCCGCCAACCUGGUGUUCGUCUACCUGCUCUGCCGAGAGGCCAUUGGCGAUGAACUGUCUAGCGAGUAUGAGCUCCAAGCCUGCUUCCUCACCUGCCUGUACUUGGCUUAUUCCUACAUGGGCAACGAGAUCUCCUACCCUCUAAAGCCCUUCCUCGUGGAGACCGACAAGGAGGUCUUCUGGCAACGUUGUCUGAGCAUCAUUGACCGUAUGAGUGCCAAAAUGCUGCAGAUCAACUCCGACCCUCACUAUUUCACACAGGUCUUCCAGGAUCUGAAGAACGAAGGCGAGUCUAGAGAACCCAAUGGCCACUGGACUAUAAAUUUGGACCGUUAGGGCCUGGAGAGCGAAUGGGGGCUUGUGGGUAAAGGGAUGGGUGUGGACACAUAUAGGUAUAACCAACCAACCAUGAUCAACUUGAAGACCAGGGGGCCUGCAGCUCUCAAGGUUGCAGACAGGAAAUCAGACUCUUGGUGUCCAAUGCUCUUAUGCACUGACAAUUGGGGGAGCAUGGCAGCCUUCACUGGGUCGCCAUGGGCCGGGCGCGCAUUGGCGUAGCCUGCCCACUGGUAGCAAAAUGGUUAAAGGAAACCUACUUUACCGGUGUGUGAAGACGCACUUCACUUUCUUCAUUAUUUAUUUUAGUUUUUGCAGAAAAAAAAAUAUUUAAAAACGCGGCUUGAACUGAUCCCUCUGUCUCCAAGGUAACGGGCGCAGCAGACGCUGCCGGCAUGCUAGGUCUCAGUGCACUUCUCAUUUCAGGUUCCGGGCAUUAGCUGACACCAGGGUGGUUAUACGGUUAAUUGUUUCCCUGGGAACAAAAUCAGCGACCUUUUUUUUUUCUUAUGCCGCCAUCACGUCCUGUAAGGGCACCAUAUGUUGGCGUCAAGCUUCUAUGAAUUGCUUUGGCAUUGCACAACAUCUUUCAUUUUUUUUUUUUUUUUAUCAUUUUUUGUCAUGACAAUACAACAAGAACCCCAUGAUUUUGCAAAGCAGAUGUGUCUUAAAAAACAUAAUUCCAGAAGGAAUUGCAUCUUGCUGUCAGCUCUUUUUCAUUUUUAGACCGAUAGCUUUUGAUGGUUUACUCUUGGAUUCGUUUUAUGCGAAGGGAGGGGGGGGGGGAUGUAGCUUGUCUUUACUGCCCACCCCCAUCCAUAUUGCAGGUAACUAAGCUAAUGAAUGAACAGGUGCUGGACCCGAAAAUGGACGUUGCUUUUGUUUUGUUUUUUUGUUUUUUUU